UUGAAGCACCUGUUGCUACUUUCUCUUCCUCCUGUCUGGUCUAGCUCAAGGUUUCCCAGUGACGGACACCAACAUGAGUCCAUUUGUCCUGCUUUGAGCGAAGCGACUGCCUCCUAAAUGUGUUUUUUCUUUCACAAGGUUGGUUGGAUGUGUUUGAAGGGGGGCCGUGGCAUCUUACCCCUUUGGACUCCAUUGACUUUGCCUUUGUUCCUGUUGCCAAGCUACCCUGCUCUUUUGGCAAGCACAAAGCCAGGUUCUCUGCAAAAACGCAAGCUGAACAUGGAAGACACACGAGAUGAAGCAUCUGGACCUGAGACCCCUGCACAGGUCACCCAGCCAUGGACGUUUUCCAAAUCAUCUUUGAUUAGAAAGCUGAGACAGCACUUAAUCAGUUCACUAUCGAGGCCCACCAUGGCGGCACCGAGCUCCAGUGGACUCGAGGUCCUCCUCAGCACAUUGCAGAAUGCUGGAGACAUUGAGAACAGGCUAAACAUCCUCAAUGUCCUGGAUGAACUGUUGUCAGCAGGCACAGACAGACGGAUUCAUCAUAUGAUAUCGAAAGGAGGCAGCGAGGCUCUGCUGACGGCUCUGGUGAACUCAGCCUGCAGCUUCACGCCCAACUACACCAUCCUACUGCCGCUGCUGCACCUGCUGGCCAAGGUGGGCUACCGAGAUCGUCAGAUUGGUCUGAAAGCACAGAAGGCAGAUGCAGUUCUGGUGGUUCUGAGUUUGCUGCAGCAGAAUACAGAGAACGCCCGGAGAGCCACAGCCUGCCUUUGGGUCCUCAGAGUCUUCUGCUCCUCUGUGACCACAGCUGACUUGCUGGGGAAGAACCGAGGGCUGGAUGUGGUCUUCAAGCUUAUAUCUCCACACACCACCAAGCACUUACACACUGUCAAGGCAGCCGCUGAUGCUUUUGCUGCAAUGUUAUGCUCAAAGGUCAACUGUCGGACUGCCAUCGCGAAAGGCUACAUCGCAGAUCUUCUGAAGCUGUACGAAGACUGGCACAACAAUGACGUCAACCUUACAAACAUUCCUAUCCUUAGAGCCCUACUUCAUUGUCUGCAAUGUGCCGCCAAAUCAGCUGUCGGCAGAGAUGCCCUGGUCGCUGAAGGUGGCAUUAGUCUUCUCUUCCAGACCACUCAGACCUGCUUGACCAUGAAAGGCCUUGAAUUGCUGGUGGAACCGGCGAUCCAGCUGAUGAGGAAGUGCAAUCCCAAAGUCCCUCUUCCACUGACCUCAGAUAAGAGUGCCUUCAGCUUUCCUCUUCCUGGGAGGCCUGUCGAUGACUGGGAUGCUGAUUUAGGACUUUACGAUGGCAGUUUUGGAGAUGACAGUGACGAAGAUGAGGAGAAUGAGGAGCCAGACAACAGGGACUACGAGAAAGUUUUCGAAGACAUCCAGCGUCUCAUCUGUCCAGAGGACAUCAUCAACAAGGUUGUUUUUGACAUGGAUGAUCCCAGUCCACAGUGUUCCUCCGAUAUGUGUCCCAGUUCCCUUCAAUUCUUCUCCAAAUUUGAGAGUGGAAACCUGCGUAAAGCCAUUCAAGUCCGCAGUCAUGAAUAUGAUUUGAUUCUCAAUGCUGAUGUCAACUCCUCUGCACACUGUCAGUGGUUCUAUUUUGAAGUCAGCGGCAUGGUGGCCGGCGUGCCUUAUCGUUUCAACAUUAUCAAUUGUGAGAAGGGAAACAGCCAGUAUAACUAUGGCAUGCAGCCUGUGCUGUAUUCUGUGAGGGAGGCGCUGGAGGGCAGACCACACUGGGUGCGAACAGGCUCUGAGAUCUGCUAUUACAGAAAUCAUUUCUGCUCUAGAAGAGGUCAAAAAAGUUCUUUUUACACACUGACCUUCAGGGUGACCUUUCAUCAUGAAGAUGACGUGUGCUACUUAGCCUACCACUACCCUUAUACCCACACCACCCUUCAGACCCAUUUGAAGAUGCUGGAGAAGUCUGUAGACCCACGGAAAGUUUUCUUCAGGCAACAAAACCUCUGCGAUACGCUGGCGGGAAACUCCUGCUCCUUAGUCACGAUCACAGCCUGCCCCACUUCCAGAGCCUGGAAACAUCUGCACCAGCUGCGUAACCGGCCAUGUGUGGUGCUGACAGCAAGGGUUCAUCCAGGAGAGAGCAAUGCCAGCUGGGUACUGAAAGGCACGCUGGAGUUCCUGUGCAGCAGUGAUCCUGUAGCCGAGAGUUUGAGAGGGGCCUACAUCUUCAAAAUCAUCCCCAUGCUCAACCCUGACGGAGUCAUUAAUGGCAAUAAUCGCUGUUCUCUCACCGCUGAGGACCUCAACAGACAGUGGCUGAAGCCAGACCCUAAUUUAAGCCCCACAAUUUACCACACCAAAGGCUUCCUCUAUUACCUCAACAGCAUAGGCAGGACUCCGCUGGUGUUUUGCGAUUACCAUGGUCACUCCAGGAAGAAGAAUGUGUUUCUGUAUGGCUGCAGUAUGAAGGAAACCCUGUGGCAAUCUGGUUCUCCCAUUAACACAGCCUCCCUGAAAGAAGACCCGGGAUACAGGACUAUCGCUAAAACUCUGGACCGAAUAGCUCCUGCGUUCUCCUUCAACAGCUGCAACUAUCUGGUGGAAAAGUCUCGGGCGUCCACAGCACGGGUUGUCGUUUGGAGGGAGAUCGGAGUCUUCCGAAGCUACACCAUGGAAAGCACUUACAAUGGCUGCAAUCAAGGCAUCUACAAGGGGUUGCAGACAGGGACGCGGGAGCUGGAGGAGAUGGGAAUGAAGUUCAGCCAGAGUCUUCUCACCCUCAGGAGUAACGCCAUCCAUUAUAACAGCCGUCUGAUUCACCACGCAUAUGCCCUGUUAGACCUGGACGACAGGCUUCUCCACAACAAUUCCAAUAAUUGUUUCGAGGACGAUGAACCACCUUGCAUGGAGGAGAUUGAAUAUUCAUCCUGCAGUGACCCAUUUGGUGCCAACGAACUGGACACAGAGGUGAAUGGUAACACAUCCAGUGAGGAAGAGGAUGAAGAAGAUGCAGAUAUCUGUAGGAACAGGAGGCGGCGUAAUGACAGGAAGUCCCAUCUCGUUCCUCACUACUUGAAACAGGAUGCACUGGAGACUCUGACAAUCGAGGGUGGACAGCGUAACGGCAUUGACAUCAGUAAUAGCUACUUAUAUUAGGCCUCUUUUGUAUGUCUUUCCUGUUAAACCAAAGCAUUUAGUAUUUAGUCCAAGAAACAAAACAAGACAUGCACACCUGCAGAACAUGUCCCACCUGUGCUCCCUGAUAUAAACUAUUUGAAUAUGUAUUUCCCGCAUAAAACUGCACUUGAAGAGUAAUUGACUGUUGCAUAAUCCUAGUGGCGUGAUGAGCUCAUGCUUUGGUCUAUGCAGUGGGUUGUGGGUUGGUUUACGAAUAACUCUUACUUUAAACUUGAGGCCAAUAGCUUGCUGACAAAAAUACUGUAUAACUGGUCUUCCACUGAAACUCGAAAGUAAACACUGGAUAUUGUAAGAUAGCACUGCAUAUAAAGUUUACCUUUAAUAAUAUGUAUUUAUUAUCUUAGAUUGUGAAAAUCAGUAAUCAUGUAUGUUUUUAUGGUUAUUAGUUCCAAAGUGAUACAUGUAUGUGCGUGUAUACAAAGUUAUUGUAUCACUUAGUUCAUAUAUAUAUAUGAAACCAAUCUUCCCAUCUUAUCCAAUUUAAGCUGACAUUUGGGUAUCGGUGAAGAAAUUUGCUUUACAAAAGCCAGCCUUUGAGCCAGAUUUCAUCCAGAUUCUCCCCAGAAUGUUUUGUAUAAUGAGUUCCGUCAUCUCAGCUCAAUUGGAUCCACACAACCUUUGGUUUGGACCGAAGCUACAAAUGCUAACUCAUGUCAGUCCUUGUUCAAAUUCAGGAGCCGACAGAAGCCUGCAAUUAGAUACUGACACUUUUAGCUCAAAGGAAAUUGUGCCAUUGCAGAGUAAAUUUGCAGUUUCAUCUUCGGUCUGUCAGACAGAAGUUUGAUAAUCAACAAUAUUAUUGUAUUUCCAUAAAUGUUUGUUUGUUUUAUGAAUAUAGCCAUGCUAUGAAUAUAAUCAUGGCUAAAGGGGGUUGUUAAGUGCAACAUGCAGCUUCGGCCUGCAAUCCUUUCAGCCAAGACUGUAUUACUAAUAUAUCACAACCAUGAGUAUCCUAUAGCUGCAAGCAGAAUCAGUUAAAUCUGUGUGUGGGUGUGUACAUUGUAUUACAGUAUAUACACAUUAUUGUAUUUAGCUACAAAAUAUUAAGAAAUUAUUACAAUAAGAAACAUUCUUUCAGAUUAAUUAAUGUUGUUGUAUGUUGUAUAUAUAUUUAUGAGCAAUAUCGCGUGAGUAGCAGUGCGAUAUGCCUGUAUAUCAGCUCGGCUAAUCACAGCAUGCCGAUAUAUAGCCAUAUCACACUGCUACGAGUGCGAUAUUGCGCUUAUACAACAGCUUGACGGCACGAGUGUGUAAAUAUAUAAGAAAUAACAACAGAGUGUCCCUCCUUAGAAAACCCUCCUUUUGCAGAACUACUUCCUUCCGCCACGGUUUGACAGUUUCACAGCUGAGCCCAAGCCUCCGUUACUAA